AUUGCAGAGAAAAAAUCUUCAACUUGUGCAAAUAAAAACAAAAAUUUACGGUGACAUUCACUAUAUAAACGCAGAACUCUGAAUGACUACAAUAACUACACGGCAUAAAAAUAUAUCACAAUAUUACCGAAAAAAGUCUGUACUCCGUAUGUGUCAACAAAAUCUUGUCAAAAAAUGACAUUUCGCAAUCGUAUCCGUGGCGUAUGGAAGGCUUUACAUACUAUAGUAAUGGCUCUUACGAAGCGCAAGCAAUCUGCUGAAAAGGAGGAAUUGAUUGAAAAUGGUGAUACAAAUGUGGAAAGUGGACGAAGCAAUAUCAAGGGAGAUGAACUUAACAUUGCAGUUUUAUUAUUCCUUUACACACUUCAAGGCAUACCAUUAGGGCUUGCUGGAGCAGUUCCGAUGCUUUUACAGAAUAGAGGGAUAACUUACACUCAACAAGCUGAAUUUAGUUUUGUCAACUGGCCUUUUAGUGUCAAAUUACUGUGGGCUCCAAUAGUGGAUGCACUUUUCUGGCCAAAGUUUGGAAGACGGAAAACAUGGCUUGUCCCAGUCCAAUAUCUUAUUGGAAUAGUAAUGAUAUUAAUGUCCAGUGGUGUCACAGGGUGGUUAGGAACAAAUGAGAUAGCACCAUCAAUGAUACACCUCACAGCAUCAUUUCUGUUUUUGAAUUUCCUAGCAGCUACCCAGGAUAUUGCUGUUGAUGGGUGGGCAUUGACAAUGUUGAAAAGGUGUAAUGUAGGCCAUGCGUCAACUUGCAAUACAGUGGGUCAGACAGCUGGAUUUUUCUUAGGAUAUGUGCUGUUCCUAGCACUAGAAUCUCCUUACUUUUGCAACAAGUACUUGCGCACCGAUCCAGAAGAGACCGGUCUUGUGACUCUUGCAAGUUUCCUGUGGUUUUGGGGAUGGGUGUUCAUAGUAACAACAACUAUAAUAGCAAUCUUUAAGCAUGAAAACAAUGAUUCUAACUCAAGAGAUGAUCCAGUAAGAGGGCCCAGUGAUAUUGUCAAGGCUUACAAACAGUUGUAUACUAUUGUAAAGCUUCCCGCAGUAAGGACAUUGGCCUUUGUUCUGUUUACAGCUAAGCUUGGAUUUUGUGCCGCCGAUGCUGUCUCCGGUUUGAAGCUCAUUGAAGCUGGUGUGCCACGUGAAGAUUUAGCUCUGCUUGCUGUACCUUUGGUACCUGUGCAAAUUAUUAUGCCUGUGAUCCUAGCGAAGCACACGACGGGCCCCGCGCCGCUGUCGCUGUGGCUGCGCGCGUUCCCGCUGCGGCUGCUAGUGGGCCCGCUGGCGGCUGCACUGGUGGCGCUUACUCCGACUCUAUUGGGAAAUGCUGGACCAUCCUACUUCUAUCUUUUUAUUUUACUGGCGCUUUAUGUUUUCCAUCAGACAUGCCUGUACUGCAUGUUUGUGGCGGUGAUGGCGUUCUUCGCGAAGGUAUCUGAUCCCACCGUGGGCGGCACCUACAUGACGCUACUGAACACCGUGUCCAACCUUGGCACCAACUGGCCCAACACGCUCGCGCUGUGGGCCAUCGACCAUUUGACCUACAAGAGCUGUUCGUUACCCGAGCUGGGUGAUAACAUGUGUGCCUCAUCACUUGAGGCUGAGCUUUGCAAGUCUAAAGGCGGUGUGUGCAACACGAGAAUCGACGGUUAUUACAUAGAAACAGUUAUUUGCCUCAUUGUCGGAUUCUUGUGGCUCCAAUGGGGAAGGCCCACUAUAAAUAGACUGCAACGACUUCCCGCCACCGCCUGGCAGAUACAGCUGUUCCACAGAUAAGACUGAAUCUCUUUGCCCCUUACGUAUUAAUAUUGUAACCGCUGUUUCCAAUAAACGAUCUUAAUCGAUUUUUCGAUCGUGAAAAUAGACCAAUCAGAACAAAGCUUUUUGCCAUGUUUACAAAUUGCUUAUUUUGAUUGGUUCAUUUCCAGAAUUGAAUCGAUGAUUAAGAUUAGAAUCGUUUAUUGAAAUCUGCCGUAAGAUGGGGUGAAUUGAAUUUAGGGGUAAAAAGGAAUGAUACGUAUAGAUCCAUGCCCCGGGCAGAAAAUUCAAACUUGGCUGACAAAUACACAAUUCAUUGUUAAAGCAACAUUGACUACUGAGCCGUGCAGUACAUUAAACACAUAAAUUAUUUUCCACAGGCCGCCAAAUUAUGAUGACAAACAUAAAAAUAUAGGUAGAGGGGGGCUUUUGUCCAGAUUUUGUCCCCCUUCGAAAAAAAAUCUCAGGAUCCCGGGCUGGUAAAAUUAUAUGUGCUACUGUUUAUUUCUAAUGAAUAUUUAGAUGGUAGUUGGUCUGAUUUUUUAGAUAAGUGAUAACAAUUACUUAACAUCGUUCCUUUUUACCCCUUUCACCCCGUUUUACCUGUAGUGAAAGUGUAGCAAAAUUAACCAAAUAAAUCGUUUGUGUCUGAAUUGUAUUGCUCAGAAAGAACACGUUCGGUCAACUUGUUGGUCGAUCGGUUGGCUGAUAGAGAUUGAUUGUCGGCAUGCACAAACGAUUAAUUUCAACCAUACCUAUACGUAUAAUUCAAUUUUAUUUAUGUGUUGUGAAUUUUAUUAGAAAAUCAAACUGUAAGAUUAUCGGUUUUAUUGGUGACUUGCGAAGAUAUUUAAUUAGUGUUGUUCAUUUCGACCAUUUAAUCUAUAGUGCAUCAUUACAAAUUGACGUAACAUUUUAAAACUGUUUCUGGAACUUUCAUAAGUAUCAAUAUGUGACUAUUUGAAAUAUUUAUCUAAUGUAAUAGCUUUGUAUAACACCGCAUAGAUUAAAUAAGAUAACAUUUAGGGAGUUUGGAUACAACCAGAACGUAUUAUAAUAGUACAACUUUUGGGUAAGUUUUUAAACGCGUCUUUCUUAUCUGACUUCUAGUCGAUUCAGCCAGACUGGUCACAAUAUCUUAUCUUUCCACAAUGAUCCUUUUUAUAAAAAAUAAUAAAAUAGUCGAAUUUAAUGUUUUUACAAGCCUUUGCUUGGCCAUUGCCCCUUUGAGGCGACUAUCCCACAAUACAGCUCACAGUGAACGUAUGGAUGCUACAUUGUUUGCUGUUAGAACGUGUUUGUGAUAUUAACUUCACUCAUUCUUAUGUGUUCCCUACACAAUGCGUGUUAAACUAAUUACGGUUUUAUUAAUCGUAAUUUUGUGUGGAGAAACUAUUACACUAUUACACUAAUUGGGGCCGUUCAAGUUUUAAGUAACGAGUAAGUAUUUUAUCCCCCUCCCACCCUCUUCCUAAGUUUACGUACGCAUUCCUAUGACGUUUACAAAAUCUGUUAAAAAUUUAUUUAUUAUUAUUUUAUAAUGAUAAUUAAAUAAAUAUUGCUUUUGUAAAAAUUGUUCAGAUUCUCCGUCCCCAUGUCAUCGAAAACAAGCGAAGCAUAGACCCCUCUCCUCUGGUGCUCAUGUAAUACUUGAACGGUCUCCAUUUUAUGUAAGACAUAGCUUAUGAUUCCAAUGUAGAGCGUUAAAUUAAUUUAAAAGCCGUGUAGCCAGAGCCGUAACUAGUGUUGUAUGGCUUAUGUCAACUAGAAGCGCGGUAUCGAAUGGACAGAGGAGUCGCAAUAACACGCUUGCUAUAACAUUACUAUAAAACGAAGUCUAUUGCAUCGCGGCUCCCGAGUCGGAUUACCGCACGUAGGAAAAAAAUCUGAUUACUAGUGGUAGGUCUCUCAUAUGUGAGGGUCCUCCUAGGUAGAUAACACCGCAAUGUCUAUUUCUGCCCCUAAACAGCAGUGUGUAGUCACUGAUGUGUUCCGGUUCGAAGGACAUUGUAGCCAGUGUAACUACUGGACAUAAUGAGACUUAACAUCUCAUGUCUCAGCAUGGUGAGCGCAGUGGAAUACCAAACAAUACUUUGCAAUUCAAGGUGUUAGAUGCUGUUUAUGGGCGGUCGUAUCGCUUACCAUCAGGCGUACGGCAAGCUCGUCUCGUCAUUCAAAGCAAUAAAAAAAACAUUCGAUUCUGCUUUAGUCGACGCUGCACCUUAUGCGGAUUGUUUUAGUCCUGAUGUCAU